GUGAUGCUAAUCAUUUUCUCCGUCAUCGGAGUUGCCGGUAACGCCCUUGUUUUAUAUGGUUUUUCUAUGUUAAAACCAAAAAAGACUUCAACGAUAUUCAUAUUGACUUUGGCGGGGAUCGAUUUUACCUCCUGCCUGGUUACAAUUCCUGCCACGGCUGCUAUGGAGAUGGUUGUUUUUAGGGUGCCUUACGACCCUUUGUGUAAAGCCUAUUAUUUUCUGGUUACUUCAACUAUACCCUUUUCGGUGUUUGUGAUGGUAGCAAUUGCUGUGGAUCGUUAUUACUGCAUAUGUAAGCCUUUCAUCCAGAUUAUGACGAAGUUUAGAGCCAAAGUUAUAGUAUUUUCUCUAAGCAUUCUAGCCAUUAUUAUUGGUUUCGUAAAUUGCUUAAAUUUUGGUUUGAUUGAACGAAUGGACAGAUUUCAUACAAAUCUGACACUUGAAAUACAAGCUUAUGUAGAAUUGCUUUCACCAGAUCACCCCGCAGUGCUUGCGCUUCAAGAACAAUAUUUGCAAAAUAAGGUUAUUUUGUGCGGAAACCCCCGGAUGUUAGGAGAAACAUUUUACACAGUGAAUAAUACAAUAUACGCAUCAAUUUACGCGACGUGCGGCAUUGUGGUAAUCAUCCUGUAUGUUGUUAUUUACCACUUCAUCCUUACUCGCAGACAACGACGAAUUAGAACCAAAUUUUUCCCCUGUUGCACAUUCAGUAAAACACAACUUGGUGAAAGUGAAAAUACUGAUUUUAUUUGCGUUAGUCAGGAAAUGCAGAACAAGUGUGUGACCGAGGAAACAACUGAAAAGGAUGCCAAUUUGAACAGUCCCAUGUUAAAACCAAAUAACGAAGGUUCGCAGGCUACAACGCCCAGUAAUGAAACCCCACCCAAGUCAAGAGCAAAGAAGAAGAAAAAUCACGGGAAAUCGGAUGCGACAUCUACUUUUCGACUAAAACAAGAGCGUCUCCGUGUAAAUAACAUCAAGACAGCUCUGAUGCUGUCUGUUGUUGCUCUGGUAUUCAUUGCGGCGUUUCUACCAGCUUGGCUAAUGAAGCUAAUGGUUGUACCGUUUAACACGACUUUGUUCUACAUGUACUUUAUUUAUAACGUAGCAAAUCCGUUUAUCUACGCUUUUAUGAACCCUGAUUUUCGUCAGAAAAUGGCUAUUACUGGUACAAGAAUUAAAAAUCAGUUUAAAAAGUGAUUUCACAACAAUGGUGCUCAAGAUGUGUAUCGCUUCAAAAUUAGCCAUCGCACACUCAGUAUGUUUUUAAUAGAACGAUUUUUUUUCUUUGU